AUGGAGAUUUGUCUGCUUUCCCGAAUGGCUCUGUGGUUGUUGUGGGGACUGUUGAGGAGUAUAGGAGAGUUUAUGGAGAUGUUGAUGUUGGGGGGCUUUGGGGGGGAUGGGUUUUGGGUUGAUAUGAGUGGUGGGUUUACGAAGAUUCUGGCUGACAAUGAGCGCGGCGUUCUGUAUGGCGCCUUUGAGUACAUAUCGAUGCUAGCACAAGGCGACUUGUCAGAACAAAAGUAUGUUACCAACCCUGCUGUUGAGCUUCGCUGGGCAAAUCAAUGGGACAACAUGGACGGCAGCAUUGAAAGAGGCUACGCAGGCCGUAGCAUCUUUUUCGCAGACGGUGYUGUCGUACAAAAUCUAACCCGAGCCGCUCAAUUCGCCCGACUCAUGGCUUCCAUUCGCUCGCAUCAACACCAUCGUGGUGAACAACGUCAAUGCUGA